UCCCGAGUGGAGAGAGAGAGAGAGAGAGAGGUAGUAUUUGCGCGUGUUUGUGUGUGAGAGCCAGUGAGCGAGAGGCCGUGCGCGUGUGUUGCGGAGUCGUACAGCUAUGCGGAGACCGUGCCGUGGAGUUGUGUUGCCGUCACGCGCUGUUACGCACUGACAGCCACUUUACCGAGGAGGCUCGGAGCGUUGGAGGGGGUUUGUUGGACACAGAAAGGAGAAAAGGGGUUUCCUGCGACAUCUCCAGCCGCUCAGCUUGGUCUUCAGAGCAGAGCAGAGUCCGUCUGCACAGGAAUGGUGGAUCACCUGCCUCUUGGUGAGGAGACCUUCCUGUACUAUUCUGGCUCGCCCGGGUCCGACCGCAGCUGCCGGUGCCGCGGCGCCGGCGCGUCGCCGGGCGCCAUGGCGCUCGACGGCGGCCUCUACGAGCGCCAGCGCGCCCGCCGGGGGGCCGCGCUCGCCUCCCCCCCCCGCGCCUCGGACGACGACCUCAGCGACUCCCCGAGCCCGCGCUCCUCGCUCUGCUCCAGCCCCGAGUCCUCGUCGCCGGCGGCGCGCCGCUCCCAGGGCUUCGGCAGCUGCGGCUCGUCCGGAGGAGAGAGUCAGGACAGUCUGCUGGACCUCCUGCUGUCACAGGCGUCCGUCCACAGCGCGGCCCCUCUACCCUCGGCCUCCCCGCCCUCCUCGUCCUUCCAGCCGGCUCCUCUUCCACCCAUGGGCCUGUCCUGGGAGUCCAAGAAGGAGCACCGGCUGAGUCUGGUCCAUCCGCAGCCCAAAGAGGACUCCGGCGAGUUCCCCGUUUUCCUGGAUGAGCUGCAGGACCCGACGGCCUUUCUCUUCCAGCCCACUCUGGAGGAGAUCGAGGAGUUCCUGGAGGAGAACAUGGUGGCGGCACUGGAGAAGGAGGAGGAGGGGAGUGACGAGGCCCUGUCAUCACUGUCAGAGGAUGCUGAGAAACAGAACUCGGACCAGACGGUGCCCGUGGCUCAGUCUCCUCUGUCUGUUUACGCAGAGGCGAAUCCCGCGUCCUGCGCGUCCGACGCGGACGAGUCGCCAUCGACAGUGGACGCUAGUUGCGUGUCGACUUCAAGCGGUGCCGCCGACGACAUCAAAGCGGAGCGCGGGUCACCUCCGGGCUCCUCGGACGGCGCCGGCGCUGCCCCCGGCGUGCCUGUCAUCCUGCAGAUCCAGCCUCUACAGGUCAAGCAGGAACCCAGCCCCGGUGCCAUAUCGGACGGCGCCGCCCAGCACAGCCAAGGCCCGGCCGUGUCCGACAUCAAGAUCACCCAGCUCCUGGUCAACAUCCAGGGCCAGACCUUUGCCCUGGUGCCUCAGCUGCUUUCCCCAGCGAACAUUAGUGGCCUGGGCAAAACCGGGACCGCGGCCUCCUCCAGAUUUGUCCGCAUCGCGCCCGUGCCGAUCGCCGCCAAGCCCCUCGGGCUCGGGGAAUGCGGCCUGGGCAGAGGUCCGGCCGCGGGGGUCCUCGGCGGGGGCCAGAGGUACCAGAAGAGCGCGGUGGCGGACCUCAUCAAAAUGCACAAGUGCUCCUUCCCCGGCUGCAAUAAGAUGUACACCAAGAGCAGCCACCUCAAGGCCCACCUGAGGAGGCACACGGGGGAGAAGCCCUUCGCCUGCACGUGGCCCGGCUGCGGAUGGAGAUUCUCCCGGUCCGACGAGCUGUCCCGGCACCGCCGCUCCCACUCCGGAGUGAAACCGUACCAGUGCAUCGUCUGCGAGAAGAAGUUCGCCCGCAGCGAUCACCUGUCGAAACACCUCAAAGUCCACCGCUUUCCACGAAGCAGCAGGACAGGGCGCUCUGCAAACUGAACCCGCGGACCCCGCGCUGACGGACUGACGUUGGGGCGGGGGGGCAGGGGGGCUGUGACCAUGUGUGUGUGUGUGUGUGUGUGUGCGUGUGUGUGUGUGUGUGUGCGUGUGUGUGCGUGUGUGUGUGUGAAAUGAAAAGCAGAGUGGGGGAGUGAAAGGAAUCCGUGCAGGACUCAUGCGAACAUGUACGUGUGAUGUACGUUCAUGGUACUGUGAUAAUUUAUUCGGUGGCAAGGAAAAGACUGUAGGAACUAAGACAGACAACUGUUACUUGACAUGACACCAUCGCAGGUGGAAUAAGCUUCUUGAAUAUUUUGUGUCUUAGCUGAUCUAAUUUUGAAAAAUGAACAAAAACAAGAUUUGGUAUUCAAACUACAGUAUUUUUACACUUUGAGGUUUGCUUUAUUGCUGAUGUUUGAUUCCAAAGCCUUAUAUCAGUACUAGUUGUAACACUGGGGAGUUCCUCUAAAGCUUUAACCCCCAGUUUUAUCCCUUCCAGGAGCCAAAUAGUUUAAAGUUAUAUUAGCGUAAUGGCUUGAAUUUAAUUUGUUGCCUGGCAACAAGCGCUUACUGGACAUACUGUUAGGAUCCAUGAGAGCUAUGGGGGGUUUCAUGUAAUUAUUUCUCGACUGAUUGCAGACUAAAUGAUGCAUCAUCAACAUUCCUUCCUUCAGCUUUGCAUCUUUUUGUUGUCUUUGAGUCUCGGUGCAGAAAAAACAAAAACUGUUGUAACCUCAAACACAAGAACAAAGCUCGUGUUGAAUUACUGCUCACCAACAAAGAUCACGACACUAUAUAAUUUGCACUGGCACACAUGAAACUUCGAGUAUUUCGAGGACUUUGUGUAGUUGUUUUGUGGUCUCGACGCCUUUUUUUGUGUGAUAGUUGGUUGAAAGACUGUUUAUCAGAGUAGUGUUUCUGGAUCAAAACAGAUUCGGGGGGAGCAGCUACAUUUGAUAAUCGUCCACACAGCAAACCAGUGUUGAAAACAACGAUUCUCAGAAACAUGUUUGUUCUGUUCUCAGCUCACUACAACAUGUUUCUACUUCUGUGCCAUUAUUUUGAAGCCAUAUGACGUCGCUGCUGCCACAAAUGUGUUAAAUAAUCCAGAACGGUGCAUUUCCAUCACUGAGAGGCACAAAGCAAACAAAACAAACCUCUUUUCUCUCUCGCCUUUUUUCUUGCCAGGUUCAUGUACAAUAGUUGCUCCAUCUUUUAGCCAAUUUCAGUGCAGAUGACCUUAACUAGAACACUUGUUGUGUUUAUGAACCAUUUGCUUAUAAUGCCAUAAUAUACUGUACAGGCAGUGAAACAACUGAGGGGAACUGUUGCUGCGAAUGGCAGUGAAUGUUAAAUCUUUGCAUAACAGUAGCAGACGUAUGUAGUCAGCAAACACACCCACACCCGUGUCCACACCCGUAACAGCGAGGUUGUCACACCAGACCGAGUGAGACGGGAGCAGCAAAGCACCUGAAUGUAGAAAGGGAGGAGUGUCUCGUUGCUCUUGAAUGAAAGUAGAAAAGGUAUAUUUAUUAGGCAUCAUCCUGAGGUGAAGCGUUGCAGAAUGUGGAUCAAAGAUGAAUUGAAAGCGUAGCAAAAUUGUGUUUUUUGUGUCCUUGUCUAAUGCCCUGAAACAUAAUUAGGUGCCUUUUGUCGUGCACUGUAAGAGAACAGUCACGUGCAUCGUCCUGCGUCUCGGUUGGAUUCAUUGGAGAGAAACUAAGCGCCAGCUUGGUUUCUGUGCCACGAGGUCGGGGAUCACUUGACAACAUUCUGCGCUUAAAUGGAGCGAAGAGAAGACAUUGGAGUCGGAAUCGAGUUUCAGGUCUUUCUGGAAAAGUUCACUGACUCUUACAAGGGCUGACGAGUUUUCGGCACGUAGCGCGGAGGACGUGUGCUCACUCUGUCAGGCAUUCCUGCCACGCAAUCACGAGACACACUUUUGUGAAUGGGUGUCACGUGCGCGCCCAUGAAUGUAUGUAAAUACUGUAAAUGCACCUGAAGGAAAAGCUGAAACCUUCUAGUGAUUUCUGGGAGUGUGAGUGAUUUUUUUAAAAUAUGUAAAGUGUACAUAACGAUAAUUCAAAUGUAUAGCAUAAGAGUUGGGGAACUUUUUAGUCGGGUGUUUAUGCGACAUGUUUAGAAAGACUGGUGAAAUGUUUCAUGGUACGUCCACUGACUGGCAUUCAGAAAAAGUCACAUGUAGCAUCAUGAUUGUGAAACUUUUAUAAGUCGUUUUCAAAUGUGUUCUGUAAACACUGUACAAAAAAAGUUGCUAAAAAUGUUAUAUUUUUGCUCUUGUUCUAUGUAAAACACAUUUACAAUAAAAAAAUUAUAAAUUAAAAAUGUUUUCUGUUGGUAAAAAUUAGUUUGAAAACAAAAAAAGCGUACUUAACUGUCGGCAGCUUUUAUACAAUCAGAAAACCAAAAUGUCAGCCUGCAGUAAAUUUCAACAUGACAAACAUCUGAGUGUAGAAAAAACAAGUUUGUAUGAAGCAAAGUAUGAAGUCGAUUUAUCUUCCAAGUAGAGCAGCAGUGGCGGUUCUACCUCGUGGAGGCUUGGGGGCAUCCUCCAAACCCGUCUCCUCAGUUUCUGAGGCAGCGGAUGUGCAAUAAAAUGACAAAUAUGCCCAUAAGAUGUUGAAAGACUGAAGCAAACAAUAUACAGAAAAACAGUAAUUAUAAGUGGAUUUCAAAACUUGUGUAACAUAUUUUGCUCGUAGCUUAAUUAAAAGCUUCACACAUUGUUGACUGGCC